AUGUUGGGUCAUGAGAGGGGAGGAUCGUUCACAUUGAAUCAAGAGCAACCACUAAAGGGUUUGAAGGACUCAAAUUUUGAUAGCUUCUUCAAUGAUGUAAUAGUGAGUUGUAAACCAUGGGAUAGUGGAGUGCAAGAUGUGAUAGCAGGUUCAUAUAAUUUUGUGUGUGCUCACGGAAGUCGUGAUGUGAGGUGUGGUGUUUGUGGGCCUGUUCUCAUUGACAAGCUCAAUGAAGAAAUUCAGCUCAAAGGAUUUAAAGAUGAUGGAAAAAUUAUGGGUCAUUGGUAUGGCUAUGUUACUCCUAAUGAUGUGCCUGCCUUGCUGGAUCAACAUAUUGCCAAGGGAGAGGUCAUACAAAAACUAUGGAGAGGCCAAAUGGGGCCACCUAUUGCUGAAGUUAAGGGAGAAAAUGACGAGAAGCUUGCUAAUGGAAAGAAUAUUAAUGUAGAAAGUAACAAUAAAAACAUUGUUGGUUGUUGCCAAGGUGUUGAUGGGGUUUCUUGUGGCCACCUAUUCCUCGGAUACGUUUGA